UAUAUAUAUAUACUUGUGCCGGAAGCAUGAACUUACAGCAAUCCACUUUAUUAUCCGACCCGCAGGUGCGUGCUAAUUACCAUGCCUAAAAAUUACCCAAAGAUCUUCACGUCGACCAACACAUCGGUUACCAUCCUCUGCAUCUGGCUCCUGUCUAUCGUCCUCUUGCUGUUCCCGCUCCUCGAGGCCUACGGGAAGUUCGGUUACAACGACUCGACAGACGAGUGCGAUUUCGUGGACAACACCGCCCUUGGGCAGAGUCCGCGCAAUGUGAUGAUGUUUGCCGGAUACUUCCUCCCCUGCGGCGUCAUUGUGGUCUCCUACGCGCUUAUAUUCUACAAGGCGCGGAUGAGUUCCAUCAAGAUGAAGGCGAUCACCCAGGCCAAUUCACAGAGCGCAGCCAAUACGACCGCGCAGCGUCCUGCUGUGGGGCUGCGAUCACGUGACAUUCGCAUCGCGCGCACCAUAGCCGUCAUCUUCGUCGCCUUCCUCGUCUGUUGCACACCUGUGUCCGUGCUGCACUACCUGGACAGCAGAUACAUAUGCCGACAACAUUACUGUUGCUGCACCCGCUCUACUGGCUGCAGUACUGCCUCAACAUGUUCAUCUACGUCAUCAUGAACAGCCAGUACAGAGAGGCUUACGUGCACUUCGUCGCCAAGUGGUGGCCAGGCGUCAGGAAUAUCUCGGGCCGGCUGUUCCGUGAGCCGAGCAGCGACAGCGGGCGCAGCCAGCGGGCCACGACACCGACCAGCCUUCUGCGCUUCUCCACCCGCCGCGGCCCCGGCAAGCCCCACACGUCCACGCAGCGCCAGCCGCCCCCGGAUAUUUUUGAAACUGACA